GAAUCGAAACACCUUAUCAACAAUCCACCUUAACUUUUCAAUUUAAGCAGCCUGCACAGCCUACAGCAGCUGGAAUCGCGGCGGCCCACAGUUGUAGAUAAUAAUAAUAUGUAUAGGAUUACAAUAUUAUUUUCAUUAUUACCAUUAUUAUAUUGUCCACAACCGUGUCCAGACCUUUCUCUCUCUCUCUCUCUCUCUCUCACUCGGGGAGUUAAAGCUCAAUCUGCUUAAUCAUCUCUAGAUGUUGUGUAUCAUGUCCUAGUCAAAACGUAAUUACUUAUUAGGUGAUAUUAAAUUUUUAAGAAUGAAUACCUUUACCGAUAGACUGAUAUGGUUCCUGCAGAUUUCAGACUUGCAUCUCAGUAUAUUUCACGAUUGGGGUAGAGUCACUGAGCUGAAAGAAUUUUGUGAUUUGACGAUUGAUACUAUCAAGCCAUUCGCCGUACUAGCUAGUGGUGAUUUGACUGAUGCUAAAAAUCGAAACGGCAUAGGUUCAACACAAUACGAAGAAGAAUGGUUAGCGUAUCAAGAAGUGUUAACAACUAGUAAAGUGACUGAGAAAACUAAAUGGUUAGAUAUUCGAGGAAAUCACGACAGUUUUGACGUGUCCAGUGAACAGUCGGUUAAAAACUUUUAUCAAAAAUAUUCGCCUCAAGGCAAAUUGCAUCCACGAUCGUAUAACUACACAGUUACCAAUCAAGCGGGCAUGAGUCUCAAGUUUAUUGGCGUGGACGCUUGCCUGGAUCCGGGCCCCAAAAGGCCUUUUAAUUUCAUCGGCAACUUGGACGACGACGAAGUCGAUCGUUUGAAAGCAAUGGCAGCUAAUACAAAGGAUCCAAUCGUUUGGUUUGGUCACUAUCCGACGUCUUGUAUACUGACCGAAGGACAACAAACUAUACGAUCAAUUAUCGGUGAAAACCCUUCAUCGGUUGUAUACUUAUGUGGCCAUUUACACACGUUGGCUGGAUUAGUACCUGAAAUGUACACCAUACAAAAUGAAGGUUUUGCCGAAUUAGAAUUAGCCGAUUGGAAGGAUUCAAGAAUGUUUAGGUUAUUGGCUUUCGACAGAGGAUCUCUUACGUUUACCGAUAUUCGACACGGAAAAUGGCCAGUUAUAUUAGUUACAAAUCCAAAACUACCGUGGCUUCGUGUCAACGGCAUGGAAACGGACGAAGAUCGCAUUGCCAACAAUAACUAUAUAAGAAUUUUAGCGUUUUCGCUCGAUCCGAUUGAAAACGUUUUGGUGAAAAUAGACAAAGAACUAGAAUGGAAACAAUGUAUCGGUGUUGGAAACGCUAGUUCUAUGUACGUGACCGAAUGGAAUGCUAACGAUUACUCACGCGGAAUUCAUAAUAUACACGUCAGAGUUGAGGAUAUUCAAGGCAGAGUGCAUGAAAUCAGUCAGAUGUUUACGUUGGACGAUACCGUACCAGUAAUAAAACAUUUCACACAGUGGCCGCUCAAUUUAUAUUUUCCUAACGUGCUAUUUAUGAUGUUUCUGGUAGCGUCUUUGGCUAACGUUUUACCACUUUUAUUUUUUCGAUUUGUUUGCAAAUGCACCAAAUAUCGCAUCAGCUAUAAUGGAAAAAUGAAGUUGAUCAACAGGUAUUCGAGAAAAAUGGUUUUGUUAUCAAGUUUAAAUUGUAUAUUUUACCCGUUGACAAUUUAUUCGAUCUUUCUGUGUACAGGACCUUGGGCCGUCGGUGAUCUGUUAACAGAUUGUAUCGGAUGGGUUUUUCCAUGGGGUAUCUACGUCAAGGGAAAAUUCAUAAAGGAUUCUUUUACUUACGCUUACGGAUUCGGCCAGAUAGUUACGUUCCAACUUCCUCUGAACUACAUACUUAGUCUGCGCCUCGAUAUUAAGAUGCAAUCGUUCGCCAACGUGCACUACACGUUUCUUAACUCUCCGUACAUUUGCGUGGACGUCAUGUUCUUUUCACUGCUAGCUUGGCAAGGUUUGUGUUGCCUUUGGUUUUGGGGAGCCUACGGUUUGGUCGCUACCGUCUUUGGUCCGCUGAAAACAUGGUCGAUAUUUCUCGCACUAUGGCUUUGGUACCAAACUAAAAAAAUAUCAGUAAACGACAUACGAUUUGCAAUAGGAAACGUGGAAAAACUGAACAGCAGUUAAACAGUAGUCUUACUAUUAUUAGUUAACCUUAUUUAUAUAAUUUACUAAGACAAAAAUGAUAAAUUAAUUAUUCGGUUCGUAUUAACCUAUGUUGUUGUAUAAUAUUAACUUAUUAUGAAAGUACGUCCGUUCACAUUACUUCAUCGACUAUUUAGAUAUUUAUUUUAUUUCAUUAUCAAAACGUUAUUGUAUAUUAAUUUUAAUACAAUUUUUUUUUUUGUACACCUUUACUUUAUAAUACCUGCGGUAUUGCUCGAUAACUUAUUUAGUUAUUUAAUUGAUGACGAUCUAUAAAAUUAUGAACCCUAUCGUUUGUUAGUUUUAAGUGGUUGUUAUUUUACCAUUUAGUACCAACAUUUAUUUUUUUUUACUCCUUAGUCAAUUAAAAUAAUAAUUGUAUAACUAUUGUACCACCUACCAAACUAGACGCGAAGAAAGAUUUAUCUAUUUUGUGUUCUUAUUACUAUUUAAGUAUUUUUUAAUUUGUAUUAUUUAUUUUUAGGUAUUCUCUCAAUCUCUAGUGAUUUUUAAGUGAUACUAUUUAUUAUUUAUUUGUAAAUAUAAAUAUACUAC